GAGCAAAAGCUGUAAAAAAAAUGUUCAGAUCAUCCCUGAAAGGUAACCAGCGACCGGGUCAUGAUAUGGGACAUUCAGUUACGGCUGUAGACGUAGGAUUUGAUCCUAAGGCGAACGACCUUAUCAAUAUUUACAUCGAAAACUCAGUUUUGAAUAGAACAAUCAAUAAGAACAAAGAAAUGUUCAUCAGACAAAUAGCCAUGAAAUGUGACUACACAAUCGUUUUGAAGGGGAGAAUGCACGUUUUGUUGACAGCAGCAGAUGGAUCUUCAAAAUAUGUCCAUUACGACGUCAACGGGCCCAACAAUGUAGCAGUACCUACUGCCUUUUGGAAAGCCACCGCGUCCUUCGUUGCUAUAACAAAAAUAAUAUGGUACUAAGUGUCCGGAUUUCGAAUCAUGACGUUACUUCAAACCGCGCCCACUUCUUCCGCGGCAGCGACAAUAUCUACCCCUGUCGCCGUGUCCAGCAGCAGCAGCGCCGGUCCCAUCGGCAGCGGAAUACCAACCUCGUCCGCCUCUUCUUCUUCUGCGGCGGCAGCCGCAGCAGCUGCGGCCAUUGCCAAUCAGCUCCAGUCCAAGCUCAACAACAACCUUCACGCGAAUGCGCAGGCGCACGAGUACUCCCUGUUUAACUAUUCGUACGGCAGCAACCAGUGGAGCUCGAGUGGUGCUGGUGGAGGUGCCGGAAGUGGCGUCCAGAAUCAUCACCGUGGGCACCAUGUGAUUAGUCACGGAUUGGUUGGCGGAGGGCAUCACCACGUGCAUCACGGAGGGCCGCACCACCACUAUCAGGCGUCGCAAGUUGGAGGUGGGGUCGCGGUCAUGGUCACGGACACGGAUCACAUGGCGUUGCCGGAGCGUUUGUGCUCGAGAACGAACCGUUGCAGGUAUGUUGAAUUGUUAGGGCAGCUUCUCUCCUUGGCGGUUUUAUUAGGGUGUCUCCACAGCUGUUGAACCAAGGCAAAUCAAAUGUCAAAUUUCGAAUAUAUUUAAAAAAAAACAUUAAUUACAAAUUUUAUAGCAUUUUUAAUUUAAAAAAACUUUAAAAUGAAAAAAAUAUGAAAAAAUUAGGAAGCUGCGAAGUUUGUGGAUUUCGGUCAUGGACGACGGGAGGGUGACGCUGCGGACGCUCGGCGAAACCGGCCACAUGCCCAAGGAGCUGCUCAGUCGGUAAGUGAGAGGAAGUGGGGGCGUUGGAGGGUUUGAAUUUAUUUUGAGGUUAGGAAGUGAAGAUUUGAAAGCAUUUAAUGUGAAGUAAUAAAUAAGCAAUGAAAUUAUGGAAGAGUA